GUCGGAUCUGCCGGAAGAGGAACUUGCGCGUCUGCGCGAGACAUUUAAAAUGUUUGAUCGUGACAAUAGCGGCAGGAUAACAGCCGAGAACCUUACCUUGGUAAUGCAAACUUUAGGACAGAAUCCUACACAAGAGGAGGUGGAAGACUUGUUAAAAGAUAAGGACGUUGACGGAGACGGGAUGAUCAACUUUGAAGAUUUUACAAAAAUGAUGAAAGUAAAAAUGGAAACGAAUGAAGAGGAAGCGGAAUUACGUCUCGCGUUCAAAGUAUUUGAUAGAGACAAUAGUGGGAAAAUAGAUUUCGAGGAGCUCCGACUGGCAUUGACCAAUAUCGGAGAGAAGUUAACGAACGAUGAGGUGAAGGAGAUGCUGAAGGAUGCGGAUAGCAAUGGAGAUGGCGAGAUCGAUUAUGAAGGUUAG